AUGAGCCCAAACGGUGAUACUGAUGCCGCUGGUGCAACUGGCGCGCAACCUAGGGCACUGACUGGUCGCGAAAGGGCCAGCAGCCUACAGGGCGAAAAUUUAGAAGUCAAGGCAGAGGCGGUGCCAGGGAACACGGAGCAAAGGAUGUUGGACCUACUGACGGGACUAGCGGAGCGGAUGGCUAAGCUAGAGGCGUCACAAGGGACCAAGGACCAGCCGAUGGACAAGGAGUCCAGUGUGUUCGGGUCAGCAAUAGGCCUGGGGCAACCGAUGAAUCGGCGUGCUCUCGACGUGACACCGCCGAGGGCUCCUUCUCCACAUAUGUCGCCGGGGACGUACUUCGGGAUGAACCAACCGGGGUAUGCAAGGGCGGCUGAGAACGUCGAGAGGGCACAGGCGCCGCAGCCGGGGUUACCACAACACUUUGUGCCACCUCCAGUGUGCCAGCAGGCGCAGAUACCGCAGCACGUCCCGUCGUAUGCGAGAGUGCCGGACGCUAGACAGCGCAAGCUGAACAUCCGUCAUUUCGAUGGAAAAGAGCUUUACCAGGGGCUAGGGAGCGGUUUUCUAUCCUGGGGGAAGAAGUUUGUACGGGAAGUCUCUUUUGCUGAGCGUGCGAGCGGAUUUCCGUGGAGUGAGGAUGUCAAGAUAGACGUCCUUGGACACAAUCUCACGGGAAUGGCUGAGCGGUACUAUAAUCGCCAAGUUGAAGGGUGGUGGCAAGAAGAGCCAACAUUGGAACACGCCAUGCAAAGGCUGCUUCAUACAUUCGCAACUAAGAUAACGCCAGCGCAAAGUAUGAAGCUAUUUACUGCUGCCAAGAGCCCCAAGCGCAGCUGGACAGAACACUAUUUGUAUUUGGUCGCAGUAAGCGAGGCAUGCGGUGGAGCAGACAACUUGGUCCAAGACAACAUAGUCCACUACGCUGAUCCGGCAAUGAGAGUUUCAAUGCUGGCGCGUUUGAAUCUAACAAGAUUUGAUUACUUGCGCCAAGCGGAGGAGCUGGCUCACUUCGCGCAGUCGACGGAGAUCGAGCUGCGCGGAAAGCACAUUGGAAAGGACGUCGUCAACAACGUUCGACAUGUGCGCGAAAAGACACGAAACGGGCGUAAGGACAAUCGCAAGUGCUACAGCUGUGGGAAAUCUGGACACAUAAAAGCUGCGUGCCCGGGGAACAAGGUCUCAAGAGAAGCAAGCGUCGACGUGGACUUUGUGCUCGCAGUGGGCAACUUGAGCGCUAACCACGGCUAUUGGAUACUGGACAGUGGCUCGAGUAGUCACCUGGUAAACGAUGUGAGCAUGCUCGAGAACCCAGAGGACUGCCAAAGCGAGUGUAUCGCAGCUGACGGAGGGCCCUUGCGCAUAACGAAGCGAGGAAGCGUCACAAUCACGACCACUGUAAUGGGCAAGGUCACUAAAGUGCGACUCCUGGACGUGCAAUAUGCCGAGAACCUCGAAAGGAACAUUAUAUCCUACGGUAUAUUGGAGGCUAAAGGGUUUGGGAUAGCCUACAUGGGUGAUCGCAGGGUCGUCGGCAACAUUGACAGUGGGGUGGUUGUCUUUGACGUGGAGAAGAAGAACAACGUGCUAAUAGUGCGGGACCACGAUCGCGGAAGUGUUCAGCUACCAUCGGACAUACUAAUGACGGCUUUAGCGCAAGGAGAAUUCGAAGUGAGUCAAGACGUGCAACGGGGCACGCUUAUGCAUUUUCACAGAAGGUUGGCUCACCUGAAUUAUGACACGAUCCUUCGCAUGGCAAAGGAUCCAGCCUCAGGGAUACAGCUGACCGAUGAAACGCGUGAGAACUGUCUAGCUUGCGCUCAAGGUAAACAGACCAAGAACCAGCAGUCGAGAAAAGACACUGGCACGAAUGCGCCGAUUGAUGUUAUCGGAGGAGUCAUCUGCUCUGACCUGAAGGGUCCCAUGACUCCUCGCGACAGAUUAGGAAAUCGUUACAUGGUUAAUUUUGUGGAUCAUCGCACGAACUACUGCAGAGUUUUCCUGGCGAAGAGCAAAGACGUGGCGGCCCAAAAGUUUAAACACUUCAUGGCAUUUUUCGAGAGGCAAUUUAAUUGUCGCAUUCACGUGCUGCGAACGGACGGCGGAGGAGAAUAUCGUACUCUGGACCUCUUUUGCAAGGAAACAGGAAUUGCGAGGCAAAUUAGUGAGCCAAGCAACCAAGCCAGCAAUGGGAAGGCCGAGAGGAUGCAUCGCACCAUUAUGAAUAUGGUGCGUAGCAUGGUGUUUGCGUGCGGACUGCCGCUGAGCUUCUGGGGGGACGCGGCGGAGUAUGCGGCCUACAUACUGAAUCGAAGCCCAAGUAAAGCCAACGCUGGUCGCCUAUCACCUCUACAGAUGUUGACCAAGAAGGUACCUGUUUUAAGUGAUAUUGUGGUUUUUGGGUCACCGUGCACUGUGCACCAGGACGCGAAGAACAAGUCACUAGGAGCUCGUGGCAAGCAAGGCGUGAUCAUAGGCAAGAGCGAUGAAGUGAAAGGGUACCGUGUGUACAUUCCAAGGGACAAGGUCGUGGUCGUAACUCAACAUGUUAAGAACGUUGAAACCCUUACGAAGGAACAAAACGAUCAACUACGGCGUGUGCAUCUGAAGGAGAUUUAUGAAGUUGCGUGCGAUGGCUCGACGCAGAAAGAGAAGACGCAAGCGACUGUUCAUGAUGCGAUGAGAAGAAACCACUCGAAAGUUGGUGGCUGGACGCGAGAGGCGCAUGUGACGAGGGCGACUUCGAGAAAGUCACGCGAAGACAAUGCAGAACAAAAAGAGGAGGAGGUUUCGGAUGUGGUGAAUGUCAUUCGUGAGAGCGACCCAAAAUCCUACGGUCAGGCCAUGAAGAGCGGCUUAAAAGAUAAGUGGGUGGCAGCAAUGGAUGAGGAGCUGCGAGCUUUGGAAGACAACGAUGUGUGGAAGGUGGAAGUGCCGCCCAAGGGAAGCCAUGUCCUACACACCAAAUGGGUGUUCAAAACCAAGUUGAACGCAGAUGUAACGGGGCACCCUGAAGCUUGUACUGGUGACAGUACAAGCUACUUAUUCUGA